AUGUCCGCUACCGACGCCGUGAGACCCCUCACCCAGUUCAAGGGAAUGGUGGACAAGGAGCUUCACCAGUUCGAGCAAACGCAGUCCUUGGCCUCCUUCGCCUUCCCUCCCUUGAGCGCCGCUCAGUGCGAUGUCGUACGGCAAUGCGCGCAGAAGCACGGAUUGGGUCCGAUCGUGGAGGUGAAGGGGGAGAAGGGGAGGCUGAUCGUGUGGAAGAAGGACCGCGUGCCGUCGAGCGUUGAGGAUCGGCAGAAGGCCGACGUGGAGUCACGCUUCGACGAGCAGCACGAGUUUCUUCUGUGGGACGCCAGCCAGGGCACCGAAACCCAACUCCACGCCAAGUAA